UUUGAUUGGCCAGCUGGGUGCUCUGAUGGAAACUGCGUUAUCUGGGAUUUCGAAACCAGGGGCAUUGCUAAGGAGCUCCGAGAUAAAGACUGUAUUGCUGCCAUAACAAGUGUCUCUUGGUCAAAGUAUGGUCAUCGUAUCCUUGUAUCUUCUGCUGACAAGUCGCUAACGCUUUGGGAUGUCGUCAGCGGUGAAAGAAUUUCACGCACAACUCUGCAGCAAACCCCUUUACAAGCUCGUCUACAUCCUGGUUCCUCUACUCCAUCUCUUUGCCUGGCAUGCCCCCUCUCAUCUGCUCCCAUGAUAGUUGACUUGAACACUGGAAGCACAACUGUGCUUCCAGUUUCGAUCCCUGACACAAGCAAUGGAAUUGUCUCUCAAUCACGGAAUAAAUUCUCAGAUGGAGCUCCUCCUUACACUCCAACUGCUGCAUGCUUUAACAAGUAUGGGGAUCUUGUUUAUGUGGGGAACUCGAAAGGGGAAAUUCUUAUAAUAGAUUACGGAACUAUCCAAGUGCGUGCCAUGGUUCCUGUUACUGGGGGUGCUGUGGUCAAGAACAUAGUAUUCAGCAGAAGUGGAGUGUAUUUGCUUACAAAUUCAAAUGAUCGGACGAUUAGGAUCUAUGAAAAUCUUCUCCCCUUGAAAGAUGGGCUUAUAGCCCUUGAUGACUUAGAGAAGACCGCUAAUGAGCUAGAUGGUGUUGAGAAGUUGAAGGCUAUUGGAUCAAAGUGCCUGACACUUUUCCGGGAGUUUCAAGAUUCUAUCACAAAAAUGCAUUGGAAAGCACCUUGCUUUAGUGGUGAUGGAGAGUGGGUGAUUGGAGGUUCUGCAAGCAAAGGAGAGCACAAGAUUUAUAUAUGGGAUAGGGCUGGACAUCUAGUGAAAAUCCUUGAAGGUCCAAAGGAAGCCCUGAUUGACUUAGCAUGGCAUCCUGUGCACCCGGUUGUUGUCUCUGUUUCCUUGACUGGCUUGAUUUAUAUUUGGGCUAAAGAUUAUACAGAGAACUGGAGUGCAUUUGCUCCUGAUUUCAAAGAGCUAGAGGAAAAUGAGGAGUAUGUAGAACGAGAAGAUGAAUUUGAUCUGGUGCCUGAAACUGAAAAGGUGAAAGAAUCAGAUGUUAAUGAGGAUGAUGAAGUUGAUAUAGUGACAGUGGAGAAGAAUUCAGAUUUUAGUGAUUCAGAUAUGUCCCAAGAGGAAUUGUGCUUCUUGCCAGCUAUUCCUUCUCCUGAUGUUCCUGAGCAGCAAGACAAGUACAUAGAAAGUUCAUCAAAGUUAGUGGACAGUAACCAUUCUGGAUCCCCUCUUUCAGAUGACGCUGGACCAAAUGAACGCACAACAAACCAUGCAUCAAGUCCACUUGAAGAUAAUUCUGCUGCAGAGGACGCAGUUGCGCGCUUGAAAAGAAAGCGGAAGCCUUCAGAGAAGAGGUUGGAGUUGCAGGCAGAGAAGGUCAGGAAACCCUUGAAAUCUUCUGGUAGAUUGACAAAAGUUAGAAGUAAAUCUGUGAUUCAUCAGGAUAAUGGGAAUGGUUUUCUUGGGGAUGAUGUUUCUGAUUAGUACGAUUAGAUUUUAAUUUAUAUAAUUUUCCAUUUGUACUUCUUAAAUCAACUUUUCCUUCUGGACAACUUAGAGGCUUAGUUUUUCAUUUUCUAUUCUUUUUUUUUUUUCUUGAUUUUUUGCUGGCCUGGCAAAAUGUGUAUUUUUCUUUGGAUUCGCGCCCCAUUAAAUUAACGCAUGCCUAAAUAGUGUUUCAUGCAUUACCAAGGCACUAAAUCUGUUGGGAUUUACCAUUGGUAAAACAAUGAGUUAAAGAGAAUAUUGCAUUUGCAUC